AUGUUGAGUGACGUUUUGCCGCUGAUGGAAAAACUUGUGACCGUUUUCCAAAGAGAAGUGUUAAAUCUGGCCAUCAUCGGACCAAUGGUCUUGUCCACUAAGGAAUCACUCCAAUAUUUGAUUAAAGAAAAGGGGGAGAACGAAAAGUUCCUAGAAGGGAAUAUGAAAGAAGGACCGAGUCAGUUCCGAGGAAUUACAAUAACCUAUGCUGACAAACGAUCAAUGGAAGCCUUCAAUACAAUGAGGACGUGCUUUAUUGAAGAUCUUGUGGAUUCCCUUGAUAGGAGAUUCCCAGAGAAAUCUCUGGACCUUCUACAAGCGUUGGACAAUGUGCUUAAUCAUGACAAAUAUCCAGAUAGAAAAGAAGAUCUAGCCAACUAUGGUGGGGAUUCCCUUACGGUGCUUCUAGAUCACUUCUGCCCUGUGAUUGGUCAAGACAACAAUGACGUCACGACGCCUUAUAUCGACCGGGAUCGGUCGCUUCGUGAUUUCCAGCAAUUCAAACGUGUCAAUUCUGGCAUUGGAAGUGGUAAUUUUGACAUGACUUGCAAAGUUCUUAUAACUGAAUAUGCUGACAUCUUCCCAGACUUCAGUACUCUCGCUGAAAUUGCGCUCACAAUACCGGUGAGUAGCGUGCCUGCCGAGAGGGGAUUUAGCUUGCAAAAUAGAAUCCACACUGCAAGCAGAAACCGUCUUGCGCAGCAUCGUAUGAACAAUCUAAUGAUUCUCAACAUGCAUGCUAAUGACCGUUUCGACUUCACGAGAGCAUCCGAACUAUUCCGUAAAACCAAGAAAAGAAAAGUGUAAUUAACAGUUGAUAACUGUACAAGUACUGCCAAACAAACUUGCGGUUUACUAGUAACAUGUGACGUCAUUUCACAUUUCAUGUUCGAAUGAGUUUGAUACGUUUGUUGUUAUUAAAAAUGAAACACAAACACACACACACAUUCUUGUUGUUAUCUUUAUUUAACAUGGAAAAGAAGUGGACUGGUGAAAAUAAUAAGGGACUGGUAUAUUUGAGGCUUACCAGUCCCAUGGACUGGUAAAUUCGAAACUCACCGGAAACACUGGAUUUGA